UAAAGACCUGAUCGUUCUAUCAUGUGAUCUGCGACCAGAAAAUCCCGGGUUGCGUUGAUAUCUUUGGACGAGGCACUAAAAGUAAAGAUUAUUGUUAUCAUUAUAUUAUUGAAAAAUGUACUUAUUGAUCCAGCUUCUCAAUUUUAUAGUUGAAUUAAAAGAUCUAAAGUGGGUAAGACCUUUAAACGUGCUUCUGCUAUUUACAAAAAGAAAUAUGGAAAGCCACCGGUCAUAUGUCAGCUGUUUGGUUCAUAAGAACCCAGAAUUCUUGACAUUCUCCAGGAUGAUGCAAAACACAGUGCUGAUAACAAAAAGUACAUUGUUGUGUUUGUCAGUAGUGAGUGGAACGUACCCGAAGAAUGCAAUCCCGUGCAUAUAAACCAGUGAUUGAAAUAAAUUCUAUGAAUUUUGUUGGUGGGCGAAUUGUGGAUUUGAAAUCUGUUGCAGAUAAGUUUCACGAAGGGCAGUCCUUUGAAGAUUUAAAAAAGGAAAUUGUUGAUGCAAAACUCCUUCAAAACUAUAAGCAUUAUGAAAUGGGAAAGCGUAUCAUCAGUGCUCUAUCAAAAGAACUUGAUCGUACUACAUUUGAGAGAUUUUUUGAUGAACCCGAGGAAGCCAAUGAAGUCUUGGAGACAAACGUAUUUGCAUAUCACCCAGAAAAAGAUACUUGACUUUUCAGUCGCAG